AUGGACGCCUUUCCUCCCACCUCCAACAUCCCCCUCGCGUCCACCGGCCGGACGGUUCGGUGGCAGCGCUUCGAGAAGGACAACUCGCUAUGGCUCCGUGACCACAUCAUGGACCUGCAAAAUCGACUGCGCGAGGCCCAGAUGAUGCUCUGGCACUUGUGCUCACAGACCGAUGAGACUGGCAACAUCGCACGCCAGUACCGAACCCAAAUUCACGAAUGCCCCUACUUCAAGGGCACCCUCACCAACUUGCUCGGCCAGACAAACCCCACCACCAAGACUCGGGCUACCCCGGUCGAUGGUCUUGCAGAUCUUCGACAGGAGCUGAAGAAGGUGAAGGCCUUGAUCGAGAAGACCAAGCCCUCGCCCCCACCCCCCUCUCUGCCAAGCACGACUUCCUUUGCGGCUGCAGCUUCCAAGGCUAAGCCCGCGCCGCCCCGCCAGCCCGCUCCGCCGAAGCCGGCACCUCCCAAACCCACACCAUCGACCACCACCCAGCAUCCCCCCACGACCUCGAAGGAAAGGCCUCGCCUCUGCCUCGAGACGGAGAAGGGAGGGUCUGACGUCAUCUCAAAGGUCCGUCCUUUCGAGAUCGUUCGACUGCUCUCCGUUGCGCUCCGCGCCUCGCCGCGUCAUUCCCAGGUUCGUGUGUCUGCUGCCAAGUGGACCCUACUAUCCGCCACCGAACUCAUUCUCACUGUUCUCAACUCUCGCAUCCCGAUCAAGUCCGCUGGCCUCGUUGCUAGAUGGUCGAAGGUCGUCCUCCCGGGAAUUCCCACUGGCGUCACCGAUGACCACCCGAACGCCUUCACUCCAGACGAGUGCCACGCGCAUCUGUGCGAGCACAACCCCAUCUAUCGAAUGCUGAAGAUCACGCAACUCCCGAGCUGGGUUCGUGAUCCCCGAUCCUAUGAAGCUGGCUCGUCCUCCUCCCUGACGUUCGCCUUCGAGGAUCCGGACGGCACUCUGCUAAGGCAAGUGCUCGCUUCCGGCCCGCUUUUCGCCUUUGGAGCGGUGGCCCGCGCGAAGCGCUGGAAGUCGAAGCCUCGCAAGCCCACACCAUCGACCCAAACCUCCCCUCCCCACAACGACAAUCAACCCCCGCCUGCCCCCCAGCACGACCCUACGAGGGACAUCGGCCCCAUGGAAGUGGAGCUGACGACCCAGGUGGCCAACGCCUCGAACACGCCUGGCGUGACCGGGAUGAACUCACGCAGCGGCGCGGCGCGCCGCCCGCCCGACCACUCCCCUCCGGCCCCGGAGCCGAAGAGGCGGAGGCGCGGUGGCAACCGCAACGACGCCAACGGUGGCCUAAUGGGGAAUUAG